AGAGAGAGAGAGAGAGAGAGAGAGAGAGCUGAGAACAUCCGUCGGAGGAAUAGACAGACAGACUGCCCACAGAGUGUUGCCGGUUGCAGCUCCACAAACACGUCGCUUUAAAAAAUGGGAGUCGAGAUCGAGACUAUAACCCCGGGAGACGGAAGGACUUUCCCCAAAAAAGGACAGACGUGUGUGGUGCAUUAUGUUGGCUCCCUAACCGACGGACGGAAGUUUGACUCAUCUCGUGAUAGAGACAAGCCUUUUAGGUUCAAGAUUGGCAAGCAGGAAGUGAUCCGGGGCUGGGAAGAGGGUGUAGUGCAGAUGAGUGUUGGCCAGAGGGCCAAGCUGACCUGCUCACCUGACUAUGCUUAUGGAAAUAAAGGCCACCCAGGCAUCAUUCCUCCUAACGCCACCCUCAUCUUUGACGUUGAGCUGCUGGGUUUGGAAUGAAACAAAUUCAUAGAUUUUUGUUUGUUUGUGUGACUUCCUACCUGGGCGACCUGGAGAGGAGCUAGGAGAGUCUGCACUUGAUUCUAUAAGAGGCUUGAGUCUAUAGUUCCACCACUUAUUUCAUAAAACUAUGACAGUUUGUGUUAUUUUGUCUCUGUGACUGAGUGAAUUAUAUUUUUCCAUCAUAUUGCACCUCCUAAAAACUAUGGGCCAUAACCUUACAAACCUCCAUGUUGUUAAUCUUGAAUUCAUUUGAAUCACUCUUUACUUUUCUUUGUGUUUUUGAAGUAUUGGUUGUGCAUGGUUAUGCUGAGAAGUACAAAAUACCAAUGAACCACUAGCAGCGACAGUCAUUCUUUAUGAGUCAAUGCAUACUAACAUUAUACUGUUUGAGAGCUGGUGCUUGUUAUAUUUCAGGAAAAAAAAGUAGAAAUAACAAAAAGCACACAUUUGUAUCCCUGUAGAGCUUUAAAAAGAACAAAUUAGGUGAGUUUUGUUAGAGAGAUUAGGCUUAGUGUUGAGUUUAGUGGCUACCUGUAGUGGACUGUGAAGGUGGGGGAAUCCUUAAUGGUGCAAUAGAGAUACUGAGUUUGCUUUAGAAAAUGCCCAUUACUACAGAGAACCACUGUGUUUUCUCGAAACGGGUAAUUGGCGCAAAGGACAACCAAUCGGAGUUGUAGAUAGUUCUUUAAUGCGUGCCUCAAUAUUCUCACCAGACACAUGGUUGCUACUUUGCCCUAUCUGCAUGUUUCUUGGUUGAAAGCUUUGCAUCCCAUUUGCGUUAUUAUUACCCUCACAUCUUGCAAAGUCUUUAAACCCCAUUUAAAGUCAUACAAAGGUUGAACAGUGCAAAGACAAGAUUUGCGUUUACACACAUCAAUUGGAUUGUUGUUUUUUUUUUGUUUUUUUUAGAAAAAAAGGGAAAUGCUUGAAAUUUACAAAAGGGGGUUUAGGAAUCAAUCAGAUUGUGACCUCCCCUGACCUUAUUUUGUCUAACAACUACAAUCAUGUAUUUUUCGAUGCCAACUUCGUAUCUUAACAGACUAAUGUGUAACCUACAAUGAUAAUGUUUUUCUUUUUUGUUUUUGCCAGUGUCAGUAAAGAACCACACUGCCAAAUAAAGUCUGUGUUGUGGUAGAAUAAAAAUGCUGACACACAGGCAUCCUAGUGGUUUUGUAUCUCAAAUAAAAACGUUUCAAAUGGAGUUUAAACAUAGAAUUUGCUGGCCUGGCUGUCAGAUAUUGACAGUGGCUAUCGAUGUUACAUAUUGGUCAAGCUGCAACUGGUGUGGCAGCAGUCCACCUCUGUACUGUGUAGUUAUUUGCUGAUACGUUACUGUAUGCAGGCUAAACCAAUGAUGACAUAUUUAAAAUAAAAUAAGUGCUCUCUGA